UGACGUAGACCAGUGACUGUAAGCAACUGGCUACAUAAACACGCUAGUUGAAAGUGUUUUAAAUCCUUUUGCGGGAGAAGUUUGCAAGUUUCCUUUUGUUUUAGUGAGUUUGCUCCUUCACGUAAACGUUAGCUGGUUGUUUUAACUCCCAGGGAGGGAACUAUAACCGACACAUGGGGGACAUAAGAGGACAAAUCCGCUGUCACAACGUGUCAGGCGGUGCUGAUCGGUGACCGACUCCACCUUAGCAGGACCACAGAUCAGUCCUAACAGAAGACACAGACCUUCAUCAGCAGGAUGGAGCCAACAGACGGCUUCAGCUUCUCCUUCAGCGUGGAGGGGAGCCCCAGCCCACCCCCUGUGCCCUCCACCAUGUCCAUAGACAGGCUCCUACCUGCUCUCCUGGAGUGCUUUGGGAUCAUCCUGUGUGGAUACAUCGCAGGAAGGGCCAACAUCAUCACCUCCACUCAGGCCAAAGGAUUGGGAAACUUUGUGUCAAAGUUCGCUCUCCCUGCGCUGCUGUUUAAGAACAUGGUGUUGCUGGACUUUGGCAACGUGAUCUGGCCCUUCUUGUGGGGCAUCCUCAUUGCCAAAGUGUCUGUGUUUUGCAUUGUUUGCGUCCUCACUUUGAUAGUGUCUAGUCCUGAUAGCCGCUACAGCAAGGCUGGUCUGUUCUCAAUAUUUGCAACCCAAAGCAAUGACUUUGCUUUGGGCUAUCCAAUAGUUGAAGCCCUCUACCAAAGCACAUACCCAGAGUACCUCCAGUAUAUCUACCUGGUUGCACCUGUGUCCCUGAUGCUCCUAAAUCCCAUCGGCUUUGCCCUGUGCGAGAUCCAAAAGUUCAAGAAUCAGGAAAACCAGCAGCAGAGAAAACUGCUGAUUGUGGGACAUGUAGUCCUGCAAGUCCUAAAGAACCCCAUUGUAUUCAUGGUCAUUGUAGGCAUCAUUGCCCACUUUGCACUGCACCAGAGAAUCCCUGCUUUCAUGGCUGAGUUCAUAGACGGCUUGGCCAACUCUUUCGGAGGAGCAGCUUUGUUCUAUUUGGGUCUGACGAUGGUGGGCCAGUUGAGGAGACUGACCAGAUCCACUGUUGUGACGCUGAUUUUGCUCAUUACAGCAAAACUGCUGAUAAUGCCCCUUAUCUGUAAGGACAUGGUGGAUCUUUUGGAUUCCACCAACAAUACUACGAACCACUCCAGUCUCUCAGAUUUUGCUUUUCUGUACGGAGUCUUCCCCACUGCACCAAGCGUGGCCAUCUAUGCUGUUUACUAUAACACUGAACUAGAAGUUGUAACUUCUGGGUUGGUGAUCAGCACUUUUCUCUCAGCUCCCAUAAUGUACGUCUCAGCCUGGCUACUCACCAUCCACUUGAUGGAUCCCCAGUGUUUGAUGAAUUCACUUGAGACUGUCAGCUUUAAUAUGAGCAUAGUGAGCUUAGUGGCUCUGCUGUGGACAGUUGCUGUCAUGUUUUUAAGUAAAAAGUUUAAGAGGCUACCUCAUAUGUUUACAGUCAACCUGUUCUUGGCACAGCUGUUAAGCUGCUUUGGGAUGAUCCUGUGGAACUUUAUGGUGAAGGAAGACAACUUCAUCGCACAGAUCUUCACUUUCACACUCCUGUCUGUUUCACUUUAUAGUAGUUUUAUGUGGCCAGGAUUAAUAGCACUCUCGAUUGUGCUCAUGAAAAAGUAUGAGGAUCUGAGAGGAGCACCAGGCGUGCUGGUCAUCGCGGGGUGGGGGAUCCCUUCCUUGGUAACCUCUAUCCUGCUCAUCUUUGGCGAGAAAAGGUCUGACGCUAUUGAUUCCUCAUUCUUCUACGGCAAACUACAGAUAAUCUGCACCAUGGUAGUGGUCAGCUUCAGCAUACUCCUGGGAGGAGGCUCCUUGGUGUGUCUCAGUAGAGGAAGUUGGGGUCAAGAUGAACAAAACCAAGAAAGAAACUUUUCAUCUGAAGCUGCACAGGAUCAGGCAACCGUGGUUGAGCCAGAUACUCGGACUCUCAUAGAAGCAGGAAACGGAGAAGGAGAGUGUCUCAGAUGUGCCUGUGCUGCAGCCACACCCAUGCCUGACAUGAUCAUCAGCACAAAUAUGAACAACACCCCAACCUCAUGUUCAGGUCAGUGUGAGAAUUGUUGCGAGUCAAAAGACUGCCUCCUUGCUCAAAUGGAUGAGCUCCAACAGGUCGCAGAUAGACAAGUGGUCCGUCAUGUGCUCCUGUGUCUGCUUCUGAUUGUCUUCCUUUUGGCCAACUUUUCCAGCUCUCUGUGGUUGCUUUACAACCACCUUCAUGGGCGUCUCUACUUGGAGCUUCAGUUCUUCUGUGCUAUAGCCAACUAUGGACAGGGAUUUAUCUCCUUUGCUCUUUUCGGACUGGACAAGCAUUUGAUUUUACUGCCAUUGAAGAGGUUAUACAGUCGCUGGUUUGGAAGGAAGAAGAAAGAGGAGCCGGAGCCUGAUUUACCAGAUGACAUCAGGAUGACCUGCCUUCAAUUCACCAAAUACCACAAACAGCAGUGUUUUCAUGACAUUGUUAAAAAGAGAAGGUGUGGGGUGAGGACUAUGCUGGAUUGUUUUCGUGGCUGCGAGCUGGUGGACUGGCUUCAGCAGGUGGGUUUGGCGCAGGACCGCGGCGAGGCAGUCCUCUAUGGGUCACGGCUGCAGCAGGGCAGGGUGCUUCAGCACAUCAAGCAGGAGUACAGCUUCGAAGACAGUGAGCUUCAUUACUACUUUACUACAUAAAACAAGGCAUCAAAGUCGAUUCUGACUUUAUUCCCAAAGAGAUUCCCAUAAGGUGCAAAGAGACACGUUUCAGUUCAUGCAGGAAUGUUUGCUUAGUUUGUGCACUGUACAAAGCAGCUCUCAGGAGAGCUAUAUGUUAUAUAACAUUCAACUCUGGUUGAGCAACAACUGUGAUUUUUAGGGUGUGUUGAGUGCUUUUGUGGUGAUAUUAAAAAGGGAAAAAAAAAAUAAUAUAUAUAUAUAUAUAAUCAGUACAGAUAUACUUUCAGAUGAUCUUUCAUGUUCAUUAAACCACUUACUUGAAGGUAAAACUGAAUGUGCAUAUACUGUAAUUAUUGCCGUUAAACUUGGUUGUAUGGGAAAAAAACGGACUUAGGAGUUUUCUCUGUAUUGUAGGGAAUUGUUGGCCUUUUGAUGUUAAAAAAAGUCUCUCAAUUGAGUCUAUUUUCAUUAGAUUUUCAUGCAGUCGUUGCAUGUUUUAGCACAGUGUGAUUUUGCAGGGAAACAAAAUGCUACCUAUCUGUUGAAUGUAUUCAUUAUUGAAAACUGUGCACAUGUUAUCACUCCUACCUAAGGCCAGUCCCCUAAAACAUAGGUCUGCAACCUGCAGCUCCAGAGCCACUUGUAGGUCUUCAGGCCCUCUAAAGUGGGUUUUCAUAACUUAAAAAUUUAAAAAAUAACAAAAAUGAGCAGAAAUGUUGUACAUAAAAAGCAGUAGAAAAAACUUUUUUUUUAAAUCAAACAUUUCCAUAGAAUUUCCACAGCAUAAUGACACUCGGGAUGAUAGAUUUUUUAUUUUUCUUACUAAUUUGCAGCUAAAUGUCAUUUAGCUGCAAAUUAUGUACUUUAUUUUAUUUUUAAGUGACCUAUCAUUCGUAAAUAUAAAAAAGAAUUUUGCCCAUCUUGUAGAAAAUGUUUUUGAUGUAUAACCUCAAAUAAGAGUUAAAAUAUGAUGGUUCUUUUAUUUUAAAAUAAUACAAAAAAACAAUUUAUAAUAUGUUUAAUAAAUUGAAUAUGGUUAAAAUGGCCCAUGUCUUAAAGGGAAGUUAAGAUUAUAUGUUCAGCAUUUGCUUUCUUACUUAUUUAAGAGCUAUUAUGAAAUGAAGCACUGUUAAAGCAUUGUUGCUUAAGAGGUUUGCAGUUUGUCAUGACUUGAGCAUUGUUAGUGGGAAGGGUUCAUUUUUUACUGGUGAUGUUACCAGUAUCUUGUUUCUUUCAGUGCAUAUUUGCUGAAUGCUUCAUAUUUGUGUUAAAAAAAUAUUUGUUCUUGAGGGAAAUCUGCAGCUCCUGGUCCAUGUUUGUGAUUGAAUGUCUGAUGUCUAAUGUCACUCAUUGAAAAGACCUGGAUGGAUUUUCAGCUGAAGACCAACAAGGACCAUCAAGAUGUCUUCAUCCAUGAUAAAAGGGUUGCUUUGUAGAAAAGGGCUCUGCUGUAUUGCCUUGAAAAUGCUUCUUUCGAAUAACCUGUUACUUAAACCUUGUUGAAUUAAGAUUAAAAUGCUGCUACUUUAAUUCUUAAUUUUGAAUAAAAAGAGAUCAAUUGUC